UAAUGAGGCCAAAGUGAAAAUGGCGAGGUUUCAUUUCCGCGUCGUGCUUUUCUGUGCUAUUUUGAUUGGCAUUUUAUGCUCAUGUAUUUUCUGUUAUGAGCCAAACUGGAAAUCUCUGGACACCAGAAAGAAUCCAGAGUGGUUUGACGAGGGUAAAAUUGGGAUUUUUCUUCAUUGGGGUGUGUAUAGCGUGCCUGGAAACAUGGUAUGGUUUUGGUAUUUUUGGAAACGACAGAAGCUGCCCGAAUUUGUUCAGUUCAUGAAGGAACAUUACCCGCCCAAUUUCCAGUAUGCAGACUUUGCUCCUGAUUUUCGGGCCGAAUUCUUUGAUGCUGACAAGUGGGCUAAAAUUCUCAAAGCGUCAGGCGCAAGAUAUGCAGUUCUAACAACAAAACAUCAUGAAGGUUUUACAUUGUGGCCAUCCAAAUAUUCCUGGAACUGGAAUGCAAUGAGUGUAGGACCCAAGAGGGAUCUUGUGGGUGAAUUUUCAACUGCCAUAAAGAGGUCUGGUUUGCGACUUGGUUUGUACAACUCUCUCUAUGAAUGGUUCCAUCCUCUCUACAUGCAAGACAAAGCGAAUAACUUCACUACCAAAGAAUUUGUGAAGGACAAAGUUAUGCCGGAACUGUACGAUUUGGUGAACAUCUACCACCCUGAUUACCUAUGGUCUGACGGGGCGCCUUGGGACAGCGGGAAUAGUUCUUAUUGGAACGCACCGGAAUUUGUGGCCUGGUUAUAUAAUGAAAGUCCCGUGAGGUACACCGUGCUUACAAACGACAGAUGGGGGAUGGACGUCUCUUGUAAACAUGGUGGAGUGCUGACCUGCUCUGACAGAUACAACCCAGGGAAGCUACGGAAUAGGAAGUGGGAGAAUGCUUUCACGAUUGACAAGAAAAGUUGGGGCUUCAGGAAGACAGCGGUGCUAUCGGAUUUCAUGACAGUAGAGGAGUUGUUGUAUGAAGUUAUCUCGACAGUAAGUUAUGGUGGAAAUGCAUUGAUUGAUGUUGGUCCUACAUCAUACGGGACAAUACCACCUCUAUUGGAAGAGAGGCUGUCACAGCUGGGGAGUUGGCUGAGGGUGAAUGGCGAGGGCAUAUACAGAACGGUGCCCUGGCAAUAUCAAAAUGACACCCACAACCCUCAUGUCUGGUAUACUGUCUCCAAAUAUUCUCCACUGCUCGUUUACGCCUUUUUACUGGAAUGGCCAGAGGACAACAUCGUGAAGCUCGGCGCUCCGAUCCCUUCUAACAAGACGUUGGUAAACCUGUUGGGUCAUCCUAUUCCCAUUCCGUGGAAAAGGGACCCAGCUGGUGGAAUGCAGCUUAAUCUUCCCGACAUUCCGUUUUCUAAAAUGCCUUGUAUGUGGGCGUGGUCCUUUAGACUACUUGAAUUAAGCAAUUAAGAUUAUGGGUGGUGUGAAAGUGAAAAUUAAUACAGUACAAAUUUUUCUGAACACUAUUUACAUUUACACUCUGAUGCAGUCUACCAUGCAUAUUCACAUACGUCUACAUGUAGUCGCAGAGAAAAAAGAAUUUUUAAAGUUUUAUAUGGGAUUUUAUUUUGCAACUAAUUUGAUAUUUGGGUUGUAAAAAUGUUUUGUUUUGGGGACAGAAAAUGUUAAAAGUAACAUUAGAUUAGCAAUACUUUUACAAGUUUUUAGAUAGAGCAUGCAUUAUAUUUGACUCAGUUAUAACUCAAGGGAAGAAAUCCACAAAACUGUUGCCCUUUCAAAUAAAUUAAGAAUUUUAUUGAGAAAAACAGCUGCAAUAUUUCUUAUGGAUCAUAAAGGGGAAACACGAAAUCCUAAAAUGACAGUCAUUUAUAUCAUACAUGGCUUCCACAUUCUCAUCAUCCUUGGUCAUGCGCGACAUCUAACUAUGGACACGGACACAAUCGCAUAGUCUGUUUUCAGUUUUGCGGACGUAAUUUUCUCCACAGUAUGGUACUAGUCUGGUGUGUCCAGGGGUCCGUGUUUGCCCAACUCUCUAUUUUGUAUUGCUUGUAGGAGUUAAGAGAUUGGUCGCUGUUCGUUAUCUUCACCUUUAUAGGAGUUAUUAGAUUGAUCACUGUUCAUUAUCUUCACCUUUAUAGGAGUAAUGAGAUUGAUCACUGUUCGUUAUCUUCACCUUUAUAGGAGUUAUGAGAUUGAUCACUGUUCGUUAUCUUCACCUUUAUAGGAGUUAUGAGAUUGAUCACUGUUCGUUAUCUUCACCUUUAUAGGAGUUAAGAGAUUGGUCGCUGUUCGUUAUCUUCACCUUUAUAGGAGUUAUGAGAUUGAUCACUGUUCGUUAUAUUCACCUUUAUAGGAGUUAUGAGAUUGAUCACUGUUCGUUAUCUUCACCUUUAUAGGAGUUAAGAGAUUGGUCGCUGUUCGUUAUCUUCACCUCUAUAGGAGUUAUGAGAUGGAUCACUGUUCGUUAUCUUCACCUUUAUAGGAGUUAUGAGAUUGAUCACUGUUCGUUAUCUUCACCUUGCAUAUAGUGUUAUGGUUGACGUGGAACGUUUGUAUUACUUCGUUUUCUUGGAUAAAGAGACCGGUGCUUCAACACCAUUUUUAACGAAAUACAUACGGUAUGUAUUAAACAAACGAACUUUAUGAAAAACUAAUUCCCCGUAGAAACCUAUGACAACUGGCUAUGUAAGGGAAACAUUCUUUUACAAAAUUUUAGAACAAUUAGUGAGUUCUUGAACCCAUGAAUGGAAUUGAAAUCCGUUUCCCUCUUUCUAUUUAGAUUUUAAGCCGAAAUACAAAUUUAUGCGUAUCAUCAUUUCCAAGUUUCAAAUUAAAUUUGAUCAAUUUGAUUGGCUAAUAUAUGAAGAAAUAAAGACAUUUGUAGAAAACUCCCGAGAACUUUGGUCUCAAGAAAUUUUGUGGGAAAGAGUUCAAGGAAUCUAAGGAAGGAAAAAUGGUUUGAAAAUUAUGAUGUCUCAAAAUGUAAGGUUUCCCGCCCAAAAGGGCAGGGAAAAUGUAUGUCAUUUCUUAUUUACAUGCCAUAUAUAAAUUAUUUCGUAUAUAUAUAUAUAUAUAUAUAUAUAUAUAUAUAUAUAUAUAUAUAUAUAAACGUAAGGUUGGGUGUUAUAAUUGUUUGUUUGUGCUUUAUAUUAAAUAUUCUAUACAAUUGCAUCGAGAGAUCCACUCUCCUUAUAAAAUAUCUUAAACACUGAAUGACACAGCGAUGGUGUGGGAUUGCAUCAGUGUGUAUAAGUAGCGCUUUAGGAGCAUAACAAAGCUUCCUUUUUAGGGAAGUUGUUGUGGCCGAGUGGACUUAUGCACUGGUUUGACAAUCUUGCUAGGCGGUGGGUGCCGUACAUCACUGGUUCGACCCUGGGCUGGGGCGAAAAUUUUCAGUACCUAGUUGUGAUUAUUUAGUGCUUUAUAUAUAUAUAUAGAGAGAGAGAGAGAGAGAGAGAGCGAGAGCAUGUACUGUAAGCAUGACAAAGUUAUGCAAUGAUUCCAUUAUGUUUAUAUCCUCAUAUUUGUUUCUCAAUAUAUUGAAAAUAUUUAAAGCUUAUUAAAUAAAUAUCAAAUAUCUAUUUUCGUAUUAGACUACUUUGCAAUCUUGGUGUUUUGCUCCACAAUAAAAAUGAGAUUAUUUCCCUCUGCCCCUGCUCAAUGAAUUUGUUUAGAGUAUGUUACACCUACACAUAUAAGGUCUAUUUAGUUGUCUGUGAUGUAAUGUAUAUAUACAUAUAUUAUAAAACUAUUUCUCUAGUAACAUUGUGUGAAGUUUGUUUAUCAUUGGUGUUGUAUACUAAAUAUAUAUAUGUCAAGGUUAUUAUUUUGCAUUGGAAAAAAAUGUUGAUAUCUAUUUUAUGAUUUGUUUAAAAGUUCGAAAUGAUUAAGAGAUAAACCCUGAUAGUUUCUUUGCUCACUCUAUCGAUUCGUACAGGUCGGAGAUGGACUUCUCAGAAAAGCGAGAGUGUACGAAGUUUAAUGCCCCCAUAGUUUAACACUGAGAUAAUCUACAUGUAAUUACCUUACCUUAACUGCAUCUACACAUGUGUAUUGGCAGUUUUAAUUUUUUAUGUGCCAUCUUUUUCCUGUAUACUUUAUGUAGCUUGUAUUUUUGUGAUAUAUAUAUAUAUAUUGUACAUCUGUAAUUCUAGGGGAUCAACAUAUUGAUUUACCAUUUUGCAUUGUAUGAUUAACCAUUAGUCUGAUUCCCUAUCAGGAUUUAUAUAUUUUUCAUCAAUUUCGACGUCAUUAUCAAUAAAUGACAUUUUUCAUCUC